GCUGGGACUUCCCAGUCCGUCCCGUCCGUCCCGUCCAGCACCGUCCCGUCCGGUCCCGUUCCUUCCCUCCUGGUUGGUCCCUCCGCCGCCCGCCGCAGCCAUGGACGCCAUCAAGAAGAAGAUGCAGAUGCUGAAGCUGGACAAGGAGAACGCCAUCGACCGCGCCGAGCAGGCCGAGGCCGACAAAAAGCAGGCGGAGGACCGCUGCAAGCAGCUGGAAGAGGAGCAGCAGGGGCUCCAGAAGAAGCUGAAGGGGACGGAGGAUGAAGUGGACAAGUACUCCGAGUCCGUGAAGGAUGCGCAGGAGAAACUGGAGCUGGCGGAGAAGAAGGCGACAGAUGCGGAAGCAGAUGUGGCCUCCUUGAACCGGCGCAUCCAGCUAGUAGAGGAAGAGCUGGACAGGGCCCAGGAGCGACUGGCCACUGCGCUGCAGAAGCUGGAGGAGGCAGAGAAGGCAGCCGAUGAGAGUGAGAGAGGAAUGAAGGUGAUUGAAAACCGGGCCAUGAAGGAUGAGGAGAAGAUGGAGCUCCAGGAAAUGCAGCUCAAGGAGGCCAAGCACAUCGCUGAAGAGUCGGACCGCAAAUAUGAAGAGGUGGCUCGGAAACUGGUGAUUCUGGAGGGGGAGCUGGAGCGCUCUGAGGAGAGGGCCGAGGUGGCCGAGAGUAAAUGUGGGGAUCUAGAGGAGGAACUGAAAAUUGUCACCAACAAUCUCAAGUCCCUGGAGGCUCAGGCUGACAAGUACUCUACCAAGGAGGAUAAAUACGAGGAGGAGAUCAAGCUGCUGGGGGACAAGCUGAAGGAGGCUGAGACCCGGGCAGAGUUUGCUGAGAGGUCAGUGGCAAAGCUGGAGAAAACCAUCGACGACCUGGAAGAUGAGGUCUAUGCCCAGAAGAUGAAGUACAAGGCGAUCAGCGAGGAGCUCGACAACGCACUCAACGAUAUCACCUCCCUCUGAGUCUCAUUUCUCCCUUUCUCUCUCCCCCGCCCUUCCCCGUACCCUCGACUCCUGCCUUCUGGACUCUGGGCCCCACUGACUCCUUAGCGCCAGCCUCCCCGGCUCUCGGCAUUCUGUCCUCACCUCCUUCUCGUUUCCACGGUCAUCGG